UCCGCGUUUCAGUCCGAGCUGCACCGCUGCACGACGCGGGCACGGCACGUUCCCUCUUCCUCCAACGACUACGACGCACGCGUCGCGACGCGCACCGAUCCGCGCGCGUUAUUAAACCUCGCGCUUCUCCGGCGAUCGGCCGCGUGCGGUGAAGAGUGAAGAGUGAAGAGUGAAGUCUCUGGACUUGGAAGUAUAGAAGAUAACAGAGAAAGAAAAUAGAACGCGACGCAUUCCUGACGGUCCAAGACUUCGUUUGACGCAGCUCGACUCGUGUUUCUCGUGUAGCAGACACUCGAAGUGAAAUCGCGGGUAUCGCUCUGGCGAGGCGAUAGGAGGUGACGGUACACGUGGACGGAGCGCGUGUCAGGGUCGCUAAGACCGAGGGGUAGAGUUGGCACGCACAGGGAAGAAAGAAUCGAUCGUCAUCAAAUCGAACUGAAAAAUCCUUCAAACUGGGCGACGGAAGAGGAAAACAUCGAAGGGUAAGAAUGGCGGACGAACCGCAGCAAAGUCAGCAGCCGACUACCAAAAGACACAAGAUUCUAAGUCAUCUACCCAUCGCCCUUAAAGUGCUCGAAGUGAUACUGGCCAUUUUUGCGAUCGGUCUGGCGGUGGACCCAAUGAACUCGUUCCAGCGCGUUUUCAACAGGCCGCGAUUCAAGCUGGACGACGCAGCUACGAUCUACGUCACGGUCGCCGGCUAUAUUCUCAUCAAUGCGCUCUUCAUCAUCAGCCACAUGCUGGGCGAUCGCGUGCCGAAACGAACGGUAAUGCCUCUCCUCUAUGAAACAUAACUCCUCAUUACAAUU